UUCUACGCGAGAAGCGUAUUCGUGCGGUCUAAAAACGACCAAAUGUUGCGUAAAGUGCGCACAGUAGGGUAUCAUUUCAGAUAAGAACUAAUAUUUUCGAAGUUACGGACGCGCGAGUUUCGACCGCCAACCCUAUUGUAUUUAAUCACACUCAAUUCUGCUCAAUUGGAUUUCACCGAUUCGGCAACAAGCUGUCUUCGUGAACUGGUUGUAGCCGGCAGUAUCGACGGCGUUAUCAACGACGACCGAAAGGUGCCCGCUGUCGCGGUGUAGAUGCACCAGUUCCCAUUCAGUUGUUGAGGCAACGAGGUGUAUUAGAACGUAAUGUUUGGGCUGUACGUGGCCCUUGCGGUGCUGGCGAUAUGCCUGUACUUUAAAUGGAGACUAAGUUAUUGGCACCGAGUGGGAAAUGUUGCCGGUCCGAAGCCACUCCCGAUGUUCGGAAAUCUCCUGGAACAGUUCACCGGCCAGAAACACUUUGGGGAAAUCUUCGAGGAGAUGUACCGGUCGUUUCCGCAGGCCAGCUGGGUCGGAUUCUACAAGAUGGCCAACCAACCGGCGAUCGUCGUGCGUGAUCUUGACCUUGUGCGUGAUGUGCUGGUGAGCAACUUUUCUUCGUUCAACGAAAAUGAUUUCCAUGUCGAUGAAACGGUCGAUCCACUGGUGGCGUUCAAUCCGUUUGCCCAAUCUGGUGAACGGUGGAGGGAACGGCGCGGUCAAAUGAGCACGAUCUUUACGAGCAAUCGAAUUCGGCCAACAUUUCCGCUGGUCCAGCUGGUAGCUGAUGAUUUUGUGCAAUACAUCGACACCACACGAAAGACCAAUAGUCAUUUCGAGGCGAAGGAUAUUUGUGCCAAGUAUACAGUUAAUGUUGUGGCAAGUGUUGCCUUUGGACUAGAUGCAGAAUCAUUCACGAACCCUGAUGCAGAGUUUCCACGCAUGGGUAAUGCCUUGUUUACUCCUACAUGGAAGACUGCAAUCCGAUCGCAUUUGGCUUUAUUUGCUCCAGGUUUGGCGAAGCUCCUGCGCGUGGGAUUUGUACCCCAAUAUGUUGAUCAAUGGUUCCGUAACAUGGUCAAAGAGGUGAUUCGUCAGCGAAAAGAUUGCAAACGGCAAGAUCUGUUUCAAGCCCUAUAUGAUAAUCUGUCCGAAAAUGGAACAAUUGAUGUUAACGAAAACCAAGUGGUUGGUCAUUCGGUUACGUUCCUUACGGAAGGAUUCGAAACCUCCAGUACUAUGAUGAGCUAUUUACUCUACGAACUUGCAGUAAACCCCACGAUUCAAGACCGCAUUGUGGAAGAGCUAAGAUCGGUUCUUAAAGAAACCGAUGGUAAAUUAACGGAACCAAGUCUGCACAAGCUGGUGUACAUGGAGGCUGCAAUGAUGGAAACCCUUCGCAUGCACAGUCCUGUGUUUACGUUGCCACGUGUUUGCACGAAGGACUUCCAACUUCCUCCUCAAUUUCCCAAUGAAACGAAGCAAGUUACCAUACAGCGUGGUACGUCAGUCGUGAUACCAGUUUUUGCGAUCCACUACGAUCCCGAAAUCUAUCCAAAGCCGAACGUCUUUGAUCCGGAUCGUUUUCUGGAAGAGAAUCGCAAAACGCGCCACCGAUACUCAUUCCUCGGAUUCGGGGAAGGACCUCGUAUAUGCGUGGGCAUGAAAUUUGCAUUGCAUCAAAGCAAGAUUGGAAUUGCAACACUCCUUAAGAACUAUCGUGUCAAGCUGUCGCCGAAGCAGGAGCUGCCUCUAGAGUUUGCCAGAAAUUCCUUCCUGCUCCAAUCGAAGUCGGGCAUUUGGCUUAACUUUGAAGACAGAAAGUAGACGGUACAUCCUGCUUCACAAAAUAUGAUUUUACGCACCCGUUGUCGUAGUUAAUAGUGCACUUCUAAUGUUUCAAGUAGUAACUUGUUGACAAAUAAUAAAAUCCUUACGAAAUGAUUUC